UUGUCCAAUUGUAAUCAGCUAUAUUCACUCGAGUAGACUACAGAAGUCGUCAAAUAAACAGUAAACGUGUUUAUUAUUGUUUAUUUAUCAUUUUAUUCGACUAGCUUUUAAGUUACCAUUAUGGUGAAAAAACCAAAAGACUUUGCCGAGAGCAAGGCAGAACGUCAUAUGAUGACAAUUGGAGAAAUAAUUCAUGAAUUAUUACUUGCACACGAGCAACAACGAGAUGUGGAUUUAAAUAAAUUAAAAGCUCGAAUAUCAUCGAAAUAUGGAUUAGACUCAUCGCCAAGACUUGUUGAAAUUAUAGCUGCUGUUCCUGCGGAUUAUAAAAAGAUUCUUUUGCCAAAAUUAAAAGCAAAACCAGUGCGAACUGCCAGUGGUAUAGCAGUUGUCGCUGUAAUGUGUAAACCACACAGAUGUCCUCACAUAAACAUGACGGGAAAUAUUUGCGUUUAUUGUCCUGGUGGUCCGGAUUCUGACUUUGAAUAUUCGACACAAUCCUAUACUGGAUAUGAGCCAACGUCAAUGCGAGCAAUUCGAGCUCGAUAUAAUCCUUUCUUACAAACUAGACAUCGAGUUGAACAGUUAAAACAAUUGGGACACAGUGUUGAUAAAGUUGAGUUUAUCGUAAUGGGUGGAACUUUCAUGUCCUUGCCAGAAGAUUACAGGGAUUACUUCAUUAGAAAUUUACACGAUGCUCUCUCAGGACACGUGAGCAGUAAUGUCGCCGAGGCUGUUAAAUAUUCAGAACGCAGUCGAACAAAAUGCAUUGGAAUAACAAUUGAAACACGACCCGAUUAUUGUCUCAAAAAACAUUUGUCAGACAUGUUGAAUUAUGGUUGCACCCGCUUGGAAAUUGGAGUGCAAUCAGUUUAUGAAGACGUAGCUCGUGAUUCAAAUCGUGGUCACACUGUGCGAGCUGUUUGUGAAAGUUUUCAUUUGUCUAAAGACGCUGGAUUUAAAGUGAUUGCACACAUGAUGCCAGAUUUACCGAAUGUCGAUAUCGAAAGAGAUAUUGAACAAUUUGUCGAAUUUUUCGCAAAUCCCGCUUUUCGAGCCGAUGGUCUAAAGAUUUAUCCGACUUUAGUGAUACGUGGUACGGGUUUGUAUGAAUUAUGGAAAACGGGAAGAUACAAAAGUUAUCCUCCAGGUGUUCUCGUUGAUUUAAUCGCUCGAAUUCUCGCAUUAAUUCCACCCUGGACUCGUGUUUAUCGUGUUCAACGCGAUAUACCAAUGCCUUUAGUCAGCUCUGGCGUCGAGCAUGGAAAUCUGAGAGAAUUGGCACUCGCGAGAAUGAAGGAUUUUGGAACCGAUUGCCGUGAUGUUCGCACAAGGGAAGUUGGAAUUCAGGAAAUACACAAUAAAGUUCAACCCCAUGAGGUUGAAUUAAUUAGAAGAGAUUAUGUCGCAAACAAUGGUUGGGAGACAUUUCUCUCUUAUGAGGAUCCGACAAAGGAUAUUUUAGUUGGUUUAUUGAGACUUCGAAAAUGUUCGAAUGAAACAUUUAGACCGGAAUUGAAGGAAAAAUGUUCAAUAGUAAGGGAAUUACACGUGUACGGAAGUGUCGUACCAGUAAAUGCUCGUGAUCCAACAAAAUUCCAACAUCAAGGAUUUGGAAUGCUUUUAAUGGAAGAAGCGGAGAGAAUUGCAAGAGUUGAGCACAGAUCUAAUAAAAUUGCCGUUAUAUCCGGUGUGGGAACGAGGAAUUAUUACCGGAAACUAGGCUAUGAAUUAGAUGGACCCUAUAUGUCGAAAUCGUUAGUUUAAUAUAAUUUUUGAAAAGAAUGUAAAUAAACUUUUUUCAAUUAAUAAAAAUAACAUUAUUAUUUUAA